AUGCAGAGUAGUACUAUUAUACUAGAUGCUGGUUCAGGCACUGUAAAGGUAGGGAGUAGUACCUCCACUCUCCCCGUAGUCCUUCCCUCACUGGCUGGACGUGCCAAGUAUAAACCACUUUUUCAAUUAUCUCCACAAUCAUCCUUAACCACAACUUCAUCAAAUGAUGGGAUGGGAAUAACUGCUGUUGGGAUUGAGGCUGCGGAGCGUCGUGGUCUUUUACAUCUUUCCUAUCCCAUUCAACAUGGCAAUAUUGUAGACUGGGAUGCUUGGCAAUUGUUAUUAACACAAGCAGGAGAACAGUUAAGUACAUCCCUUAAUGAAAAGAAUUUCUUUUGGAUUGAACAUCCAUUUAGUUCUAGACCACAACGGGCACGAGUGGCUCAAAUACUUUUUGAAGAAGAAAAUAUUUCAGGAAUGUGUGUAGGUAUAGCCCCAUUACUCUCUCUUUAUGCAACUGGAAAUACAACAGGAAUAGUAUUAGAUAUAGGAGAAGGUGUUUCUUCUGUUGCGGCUGCAGUGCAGGGAUAUGCCGUAACGGAAAUGAUGCAGCGAGUAGACUUUGGUGGAGGUGCGGUAACUCAAUAUCUUCAACGUUUAAUGCGGGAGUAUGGUAGUUACUAUAAUGUACUUAAUAGUAAUAGUGGUAAUAAUAGUAAUAGUGGUAAUAAUAGUAAUAAUAGUAAACAUUAUCAUGAUAAGGUGGUACGUAGUUUUAAUCCAUCCCGCUGUGGAUCGGAACGUGAACUUGUACGUACAAUUAAAGAGCAUUGUUGUGAAGUUAGUCCUACACCAUUAUUACCAUCUCCUGUCAGUGUGGUGGGCUUUGGUGGGAAUCCUACCACUUACACAGAGGAGGAUAAUAAUAAUAAUAAUAAUAAUAAUAAUAAUAAUAAUAAUAAUAAUAAUAAUAAUAAAGCAAUAAAGGAGAAGGAUGAUGCCGCUUUACUUGGACUAGUAGAUGCAGUUUCUAAUACUCACAUGAAUACAAACACGACACGACAUCGUCUACCGGAUGGGACAGAACUCACACUUGGAUGUGAAUUACAACAAGCAGCGGAAGUUUUAUUUACACCCGCUCUUAUUGGCCAUGAACACGCCGGUGUGGCUGAUCUCGUCGCGGAUGCGGUGCGGAUAGCCGAUGUUGAAUUACGUGCCGAGUUGUGUAGAUGUGUUUAUUUAACUGGUGGGGCUACUUUAUUAGGCGGUUUUGGUCAACGUUUUCUUGCGGAACUCCUGCGCCGCACACCGCGUGGGUGUACUGUUCGUGUGGCCGCGGCUGCAGCGGAGGAGCGGCGAUUUGCGGCGUGGAUGGGUGCGGCGUGUGUCUCGCAGUUAUCUCUAUUUGAAUCUGAGAUGAUCGUGCGACGGGCGGAAUAUAUGGAGGAAGGGGAAAGAGUACUGCACAGCCGUAUUGUGGGAUGA